AUGGCGCUUGGAGCAGAGGGUUGUCAGAUGCAGGGAAGACAAAGGACCUUCUUGGUCCUGAGCUUUAGUGUACCGACAUCUUGUGGCGUUGGUGUGUCUGUGUCUGUCAACGCUGGGUGGCGCUAUCACCAUCUUUCUACCAAUGUUCACGGCCAAGGCCAGCCAAAGCAAGUAUGGAAGGGUUACGUUUUGUCUUCCCGUCGGCUGCCGGCGUGCACAUGA